UACUGCGUCACACCAAUAUGGCGACGUGCUGAGCUCAUCGAUCGGCAACAACAACAACUCGUUCCGCUGCACAGUUUGGUUCAGAGCCCUCCACUGAAAAUUAAAGAUGUCCACACGGGAGGUCAGGUAAAGGUAAUAUCCUAAAACAUCUCGAAAAUUCAAAGGUAUCCAAAAAGCGGCCGGGAACAGAACUUUGAGGACGCGUCUAUCUCUGCUUUGCAUUUUCCAGCAGUGAUGUCAGGUGAGCCUGCGGACACCACGCCCUUCUUCUCAGAUGAUAAUGAGGGGGAGGGGCCUACAGAGAAUGGGGCGGUGUCAUCUCCACCAGAGGAGGAGUCGGCUAGUGGAGUGUCUAGUAGUAGAGCUAUACUGACGGUAGCUGUACUCUGCUACAUCAACCUACUGAACUAUAUGGACAGAUUCACUGUCGCAGGUGUACUUACUGACAUUGAGAAAUUCUUCAAAAUUAGCGAUGGAAAAUCAGGGCUGCUUCAGACGGUUUUCAUCUGCAGUUACAUGUUCCUGGCUCCUCUGUUCGGUUACCUGGGGGACAGGUAUAACAGGAAGUUGAUCAUGAGUGGUGGGAUUUUGUUCUGGUCUAUAGUGACAUUGGCCAGCUCCUUCGUCGGCAAAGAUCAUUUUUGGGCGCUGUUGUUGACCCGGGGGCUUGUGGGUGUAGGGGAGGCCAGUUACUCCACAAUCGCACCCACCAUCAUUGCUGAUCUGUUCAUCAAGGAGAAAAGGACCAACAUGCUUUCCAUCUUUUACUUUGCCAUUCCUGUGGGCAGUGGUUUUGGGUAUAUAGUGGGUUCACGCGUGGCUGCUGUGGCUAAAGACUGGCACUGGGCUCUUCGGGUGACCCCUGGCCUGGGGCUGCUGGCAGUGAUCCUGUUGAUAUUUGUGGUUCAGGAGCCAAAGCGUGGGGCGAUCGAAGCUCAUUCAGAGGAUAUGCUGCACAGAACCAGCUGGCUGGAAGACAUGAAAGCGCUCUGCAGGAACCAUAGUUUUAUUCUGUCCACGUUUGGCUUCACAGCUGUGGCCUUUGUGACAGGAUCUUUGGCCCUGUGGGCUCCUGCAUUUUUAUUCAGAGCGGGUGUCUUCAAUGGUGAGAAACAGCCAUGUUUCAAGGACAACUGUGACGACUCUGGCAGCCUGAUUUUUGGUAUCAUCACAAUUGUCACUGGUAUCCUGGGUGUGGCGAGUGGCGUGCAGGCCAGCAAGAAGCUGAGGACGAAAACCCCACGCGCUGAUCCACUGGUCUGUGCGACAGGACUCCUUCUUGCCGCUCCUUUUCUCUAUCUGUCCAUCAUGUUUGCUCAAGUUAGCACGGUGGCCACUUAUGUUUUUAUUUUCUUUGGCGAGACGUUCUUGUCUAUGAAUUGGGCCAUAGUUGCAGACAUUCUGCUGUAUGUAGUGAUCCCCACACGGCGCUCCACAGCAGAGGCCUUUCAGAUCGUCCUCUCACACCUGCUGGGUGAUGCUAUCAGCCCUUACCUCAUCGGAGUGGUAUCAGACUCGAUAAAGUCAUCAGAUUCGUACAUGUGGGAGUUCCGUUCUCUUCAGAUAUCCCUCCUGUUGUGCUCUUUUGUGGCCGUGGGGGGCGGAGCUUUCUUCCUGGCAACGGCCUUCUUUAUCGAGAAAGACCGAAAUCUGGCUGAAAAUUAUGUGCCCUCUGAUGAUGCACCAAUUGUUGUUCCAAAGAGAGGCAGGUCCACUAAAGUUUCAGUGUCGAGCGUUUUAAUUUGAGGAGACAAAAGGAUCGGUAUGGUUCUCGACUCGGGGACCAGCACUGUGAUUGGUUUAGGCAAAACACUGUUUGUGCCGUCCACAGCCAAUCCUGCAGAAAUGUCAGACACAUAAUCGCUGACUGGACAAUCUCCACAAUUGGGGAAUUUUAUAGUAAUUUAUUAUGCUUAUGUUUUUUUAUUUUGUUUAUAUCCUUAACACCAAACCAUUGAUUUGGAAACAACGAAACUAACAAAAAUUCAGAAAUGUGUUUCUUGGAAGUUCUGCUUUCCAGGAGUGACACGAAGAAUGGAACACGGUUAUUAUUUCGAGACAUUGUUUUACAUUUAAUUGACAUGCAUAUAUUUGUGUUUUAGAUUUCAUACAAUGUAAAAAUGAGAUUUUAGACCUUUUUAUUGAAGAGGCUCUGAAUGGAUUUUGCAAAUGGCCAUCUAUCGGUGGCUGUCCUCAUAGCAACAUAUAAACUAAAACCUAAGGCACUGUCAUUAUUUUUUUUUUUUGCAUUUUAUGCAACAAACUGACUAAAAAACUAGCAGAAUCCGACUUAAGCAAUGCACUGAGGCUUGCCUAUGAUCUGCCUUUACAACAACAUGUCUUUUAUGUUUUAUUGCUUUUCUUUCAUGCAAGAUUUCAGAUUUUCUUAGGAUCUUUUAGAAAGGAACCAAAAAACAAACACUAAAGCCCCCAUCACAUGAUUUAAAUAUUAGGCUUUUUAAUUUUGUAAUAUUUUAACUGAAAGCAGGUUAUUGUGCAUUCCUUAUACUGUGAUGUUUUUAUUUUUGUUAAGAGUUUUUUCCCCAACGGCAAUACAUUGAGCUAAUUUACAAGACAUUGCUUGUUAAUCUUAUUUUCUUACUGUUACUUUUUAAUAUUAAAUGACAGAUUAGCUCUAAUUUGUGUCUUUUUGGUCAGUAUGUCCCUUCAAGCAUCUUGUCUUUUUGUGUUUCUCCUACCCGUCCUAAUAAUAGCAAGUUUUUACUUCAA